GGUCUAUUUUUGUAGAUGAUGUUCACCAAUCUAAAUACCUUUGUUUAUCCUACAGACUUCCCGGGAUUGUGCUUCGCGUCAACCCGCUGCGCGACCGUCGAGCCAGGUAACACCUGGGAUUUGGCGCCGUUCUGUGGCCGCAGCAUGUGCGUCAUCAGCCAGGACACGCCUCCGCGUCUACUCGAGUUGGUCGAAGACUGCGGACCCCUGCCACUCGCCAAUCCCAAGUGCAAACUCGACACUGACAAGACAAACAAGACCGCACCUUUCCCCGACUGCUGUCCUGUCUUCACAUGCGAGGAUGGCGUGAAACUGGAGUACCCUGAACUCCCCACAGCCGCUCCUGAAGAGGAAAAGACAGCGGAAGAGAAACCUAAGGCUUAAAUGCAAAAUUUAGAAUAAAAAAAUAAAUUAGGCGCCAAAUUAUAAAGCACCUUGAUGCUUCGGAUAGAUCCAAAAUUGAAAUCAGUAAAACAAUUUGAUAUUUUCAAGGUGAUAUUCCUAUUAUUAAGAAAUACGAUUGGUCUCAAUAUAUCGUACACAAAUCGAUGUUAAUUUUAUGUUCAUUCUAUACUCAAUAACGGUAUCCACUUUCUAAACGUAUUGGUAUUUAACACCGACGACUAACAAUGGAAUCACAAUAGUAUACCAAAUUCAAAAGCCCAUUUCCCAUUUCCUGUCUUUUAUAUCACGACAAAUAUCAGUCAUUUCAUUGUUUGAGAAGAAUAAAGGUUGUUUGUUUUUUUUACACAAAAAGAAUGUUCGGAUUACGAUUUUGUAUGUGAUUGUCGAUUUUUUUUUAGAAGUUAUCGGCUUUUUUUACUUGAAUACCGACCUAUUAUAAGGUAAUGUUUGUGAUAU